AUGCACAUAUGGCACAAAAAGCUAAAACCGACUUCGUCUACGGCGGCAGAGGAAGUUGUAAACGAAACAUCUACAAGACUGUUCGUCUAUGACAAUAAGACAAAAAAAUCAUUCCUAAUAGACACGGGUGCAGAUGUUUCACUUAUUGCCGCCAAACAAAAAAAUUCAAAUACAAACAAUAAGAACGAAAGAAUACUCUACGCAGCAAAUGGUUCUAUGAUCAAAACAUUUGGAGAAAUAGAGAUAACUCUAGCUCUUGGCUUACGAAGAAAUUUCACAUGGCCAUUUAUUAUCGCAGAUGUAAACACUUCAAUCAUCGGUGCAGAUUUUUUAAAUCAUUUCGGAUUAAUAGUAGACAUAAAAAUGAAACGAUUGAUCGACACAUCAACAAAGAUUUUCUCAGCCGCAAGCGAACGUAAGGUAAAUGCGCAAAAAAUAUCAACUGUGAACACAUCUUGCAAAAUUGCAGAUCUACUAAAAGAAUACAUCGACAUCACUAAACCAACACCGACAAAUCGCCAGGUGACCAAAGUCACUCACCACAUAUUAACAAAAGGUCCACCAAUAUGUGAGAGACCACGUAGGUUACCUCCAGACAAGCUAGCAGCAGCAAAAGAAGAAUUCCAAAACUUAGUCACAGCCGGAAUAUGCCGUCCAUCAAGCAGCAAUUGGGCUAGCCCCUUACAUAUGGUAAAAAAACAGACGGUAGUUGGAGACCUUGCGGAGAUUACCGUCGCUUAA